AUGAUAGUUUGCUCUGCUUAUGAGGCAAGGAAGAAUGCGAUGAGUGAACCGCACGGCAUGUCGCAGUACUACUUCCCAAAGGUUUUUGACAGGGAAAAAGUACCUCAUUAUGUGGCAGGGUACCACCAGACUACCUUUUCGUAUCCUAUGAACCAGAUCAAUUUCAAAACCAAUUUUGCAAGCCUCACUUCCUGCCUGAAUCGUGCAUCAUCAAUUCCGGAGGCUUUGUAA